ACAUUCGAGGCCUUACAUAUAUCAAAAAAGUUCGGAGGUGGGCAUGGUAAAAAUCUUCUUUUCUAUUUCUUCUUUCCUUUUCUUCUUACCCACCAGGGUUUGGUGCGUUUACAGGAUUGGGGUUCAUGAGGUCGGAAAAAUCAAGAUGAGGCUGCUUUGCAUUUUUGCGGAAAAAAGGGGGCUCGAUUGCUGUUUUAUUCUUCUUGUGUGUCGUUUCUUACGUUCAACACCACACUCUGGGUUGCACGUCGAGUCAUUCAUCGCUGCAUGUCAAGGGGUGGCCCCAAGACUUGCCUCCUGUCGAUACUCGGCGAACACCUGGACAGCGUUUACGUUGUCUUUCUGUUUACCUUAACUAUGGACUUAGAUGGUGGCUGUUUUCUUUAACUUUGGUGUUUUUUUUCUUCUUUUUUUUUUCUUUUUUUUUCUUCAUUUUCUUCUCGAAGACCGGCAUCUGGUUGUAGAGUGGGAAGACUUGCAAUCACGUUCAAAACGGUAGACGGGUUCGCUUGGGGUUAAACUGGUCCUCGUGCCAGUAGGGAUGGAUUUGUUACCCGCGGAAUACCCUCAUGAUUUACGAGCAUUGCGGGCAUGUGGGAGUGGAAAAGAAUGGGAUGAUGGGAGGAAGCAAAAGACGAUUAAAACCGGGCAUUGUGAGUGUCAUCUCGCAAUUGACGGCGCCGUUCAGCAGCAGCUGGAUCGAGAUAUCAGGGUACUUGACCAUGGUUCAAGAAGUUCGGGGAUCACAUGAUAUCGGACAGCAUCUGCCGACGAAAUCGAGUAGUAGAGUGCAUUGCAAUGAUGAGCUGACAGCAUUGACGAGCACAUUGAAGGCACCUCUUACUGCCAGUCUUACAAUGCUCUGAUGAAUAAAUAAACCUAAAAGUUUUCGAUGAAC